AUGCCCAAUACUGGGCCCCGAAUGAUGAAAAGCAAAGUGAAGCUCUACAUCUAUGAUAUCGGCACAGGAACAGGUGAUUGGGCUAGUGAUUUUGCCGAACAGCAUCCCGAAGCGAAAGUCAUUGGGACUGACGUCUCCCCCAUUCAAACCGAAUUGAUGGUGGCAAACACCGAAUUCCUUUUUGAAGACUGCCUAGAGUUCUGGUCAUUUUCGCCGGUCUCCGUGGAGUACAUACACAUGAGUUGGUUAUUCGGAAGCAUAGAUGACUGGUGCGCGCUUUACAAGCAGGCAUUCGCAUGCCUCAAACCGGGCGGCUACCUCGAAAGCCACGAGGCUUCGCCUCUUAUCCGGCUAAAGGGCUGUGAUUCGGAGGUGUCAUCGGCUUCAGCCAUUCACCAAUGGGGAAACCUGUUCGUGGAGGCAGGAAGGAGAAGCCAGCGAUCUUUCACGGUAGUGGAAGAUGGUUUGCAAGCCAAAGCUAUGAAGGAGGCCGGAUUUGUUGACAUUCAAGACGAAACUCUGGAGAAUCCGAUCGGUACUUGGCCACAAGAAUCCGAGAAGAGGCUGAUUGGACAGUACUCAAAGCUUGCCAUGGAAGAAGACCUUCAAGGAACUAUUAAUUAUGUUGCUCAUUCUGUAGGUUGGAGCUGGGAGGAGACAUUAGUCCUGUCAUCACAAGUUCGCAAUGAGCUUCAAUGUCCGGAAAACAAACCCUACUUCCUACAGCGAAUCGUCUGGGGUAGGAAACCUUCCGAUUCCGUUUAG